AUGACGAAGACGGUCGGUGUCCUGGGCGGCGGCCAGCUGGGCCGGAUGAUGGUCGAGCCGGCCAACAGGAUGAAGAUUCCAAUCAACAUUCUGGAUGCACCAGGCGCGCCGGCAAAGCAGAUCAGCGCGCACGACAGUCAUGUCGACGGCUCGUUCAAGGACCCAGAGUCGAUCAAGAAGCUGGCCAAGGCGUGCGACGUCGUCACCUUCGAAAUCGAGCACAUCAACACCUCUACGCUCGAGGAGAUUGAAGGCACCGUCGAAGUCGAACCUCACUGGAGUACCGUCAGGACCAUCCAAGACAAAUACGCCCAGAAGCUCCACCUCAGCUCGCACGGCGUCGAUGUCGCCGAGUCGAGAAGCAUCGACGACGCAACAGAGGAGAAGCUCCAGGCCGUCGGCGUCUCGUUUGGCUACCCUUUCAUGCUAAAGUCCAAGACCGAGGCGUACGAUGGCAAAGGCAACUUUCCCGUAAAGUCGGAAGCGGACGUUUCCGAGGCCUUGAAGCAGCUCGGAAACAGGCCCCUUUACGCAGAGAGGUGGGCCGAGUUCAAAAUGGAGCUUGCGGUCAUGGCCGUGAAGACCAAGGAUGGCACCAUCGCUUAUCCCACGACCGAGACCAUCCACGAGAACAGCAUCUGCAAGCUGACCUACACGCCCGCCCGUGGCGUCUCGAGAGAGAUCAGGCAAAAGGCAGAGGCUUUGGCCAGGAAAGCCGUAGCGACUUUCAAGGGCAAGGGCAUCUUCGGCGUCGAAAUGUUCCUCCUCCAGGAUGACACCUUGCUCGUGAACGAGAUCGCCCCUCGUCCUCACAACAGCGGCCACUACACCAUCGAAGGCUGCUCUAUUUCCCAGUUCGAAGCCCACCUGCGAGCCAUCACCGAGGAGCCCCUGUCGCAGGACGAUAUCCACCUCAUGCAGCCGGCUGCGAUCAUGCUCAACGUGCUUGGAGGCAAGACGCCCGACUCUCACAUCAAAAUCUACGACCUGGCCAAGAAGUCGCCUCGCAUCCGCAUUCACGACUACGGCAAGGCAGAGGCCCGUCCGGGCCGCAAGAUGGGCCACUUGACCGUGACUGCCCGCACCAUGGAGGAGGCCGAGGCUCUCAUCCAGCCGUUGAUCGAUGCUGUGGACAAGCAGUCUGGCAAGCUUCCCGAGGACGCCGCAGCGACCCCAGCGCCUGCGCGCAAGCCCCUGGUUGCCGUCAUCAUGGGCUCCGACUCUGACAUGCCGGUGCUGAAGGCCGGUUUCGACAUCCUCGCCAAGUUCGACAUUCCCUUCGAGACCCGCAUCACGUCAGCUCACCGAACGCCCGAGUGGAUGGUCGAGUUUGUCAAGAGCGCAGAGGGGCGGGGCUUCAAGACCAUCAUCGCAGCAGCGGGCGGCGCAGCUCAUCUGCCCGGCAUGGCCGCUGCUCUCACCGUGCUCCCUGUAAUCGGCAUCCCCGUCAAGGCCAGCGUGCUCGAUGGCGUCGACAGCCUGUACAGCAUCGUCCAAAUGCCGCGCGGCGAGCCCGUCGCCACUGUCGGCAUCAACAACUCCACCAAUGCGGCGCUGUUGGCGGCGAGGAUCCUGAGCGUUGAGGACCCGAGCAUUGGCGAGAAGCUACACAACUACUUUGAAGCCAGCAAGAAGGAGGUCAUGGAGAAAGACGCCAAGUUACUUGAGCUUGGCCCGCAGGCGUACCUGGCGCAGAUGCCGGCCAAGAAGUAA